AUGCUAAUACACGCAUUUUUAACAUUUAUAGGUGAUAAUGAUGGAUUCUUUUAUGGCGAUUUUGGGGAUCCCUUGCUCAUACCGAGGUACAAGAUACGCUUAACGAAACCUGCUGACGUCUAUGAGGAUGAAAAUCCGAAUAUUGAUUCGGAUCAAAGAGACGAGCGGGAGUCGUUGCUCGAAGGAUUGAAGGAAAAUACGAUUGAAAACGAUGAAAGGGCAAGAGCACGGCGAAAGCCUCGUCGUAAAAAAAAGAAAACUCUGUUGAAACGUUCGUACGUCAGUAAACCAGCUCAAGUUAAACCAUUGAGUUUUAACUGCCACAAGUUGGAACUAUUCAAGUGCCCACACAAGGGCUGCGAUAAAGAAUUCGUACGAGAAUCGGCUUUUCUCAAACAUUCGAAAAUCACUUGUGGGAAAAUGGAAAGAGUUUGUCCUCGUAAAAAGUGCGAUAGAAUAUUUUUUAGUAGAAAAGCAUUCGUUCAUCACCUGAAAUACAUAUGUCAAUCGAAAACGGUACACGAGUGUACGACGCCUGGUUGUAAAAAAGCCUACACGCAAAAGGCAGCACUUACGCGUCAUCUCGAAUACGAAUGUCAGGUUGAUCCACAUUUCAAAUGUUAUUACUGUGACUACGUCACUUACUAUCCCGUGAGCGUUCGCCGACAUUGCGCUAAUAGACACAAAAGAGAAAGAGCUAGAUGUAUCGAUACUAAUACGGACGAAGAGGUCCCGUGCUAAUAAGGCAAUUUAAACUCUCAAUUAUGUUUCAUGUAAUGCACUUUGUGACUAAUCUAUGGUUUAUGUAUUCAACUUAUUUGUGAUCCUGAUUACUUUUAUUAAAAGGAUAUAAGAGAUAAGAUUUUUCGAGCAACUAAAUAUACCCAUUUCAUUUUCGCUUGUUAAUGUAAUGAAGAUAUCAUUUAAAAAAGCUAACUAGAUUACGUAUAAGAUGUAUAAGGUAAUAUUAAACAAGAGUGACAUAUAUUAUUUAAUAUUAAUAUGAUAAUACAACCUUUAAAUGUGAAAAUUUAGAAUUAAAACAUAACAAAGCGUUAAGUACUAAUUUGUCUUCAUCGUUUUCGAUAACUUACAAUUGAUAGCAGUGAAAUUAUUUUAUUACAACAUUAUAUUAUC